GCGCGCAGACAUGGAUACUAGAAGCGUCUACUAUUGAAACUGGACUCGACACAGUGUUUCUGCGACACUGGUGGGACUUUAAAAGAGCGGUAAAACUUCUUCCACGGCCGCACUCAUGUGAUUGGAGCCAUGUCCAAGAGCCUGAAGAAGAGGAAGAACCACUGGACUAACAAAGUCCACGAGAGUGUCCUUUGCAGGAAUGAGGAGGGGGAGCUGGGGCUGGAGUUGAAGGGCGGCGCGGAGAAUGGACAGUUCCCGGUUAUCGGCGAGCUACUCCCGGGCAGAGCGCUCUGCCACAGCGGCAAACUCUUCCAGGAUGAACUCCUGUUGGAAGUCAAUGAUACCCCGGUGGCUGGACUCACCACCAGGGACGUCCAUGCUGUGGUCAAACACAGCAAAGACCCAGUUCGACUCAAGUGUGUCAAACAAGGGGGCGUGAUAGACAAGGACCUGCGCCACUACCUCAACCUGCGCUUCCAGAAAGGCUCGGUGGACCACGAGCUGCAGCAGAUCAUCCGGGACAACCUCUACCUCCGCACCGUCCCCUGCACAACCAGGCAGCCCAAGGAAGGGGAAGUCCCGGGGGUGGAUUAUAAUUUCGUGACCGUUGACCGGUUUAUGGAAUUGGAGAAAAGCGGAGCCCUGCUAGAGAGCGGAACAUAUGAAGAAAACUUCUACGGUACCCCGAAGCCUCCGGCCGAGCCCAGCGCUCUGCUGCUAAAUGUAACGGACCAGCUGCUGCCGGGCGCCAGACCCAGCUCUGAGGGCAAGAGGAAGCGUAACAAGUCAGUCAGCAACAUGGAGAAAGCCAGCAUCGAACCCCCCGAGGAGGAGGAGGAGGAGAGACCCAUUGUCAACGGAAACGGCGUGGCCGUCACCCCAGAGUCGAGUGAGCAUGAGGACAAGAGCACAGACGCUUCGGGUGACAUCGUCCCCCAGAGCAACAACCCCGCUGAGGCCUCGACAGACGCACCCAAAGAGGACGGACUUUCCCCGAAAAUCACAGCGCCAAAACCCGAGGAGAACGACGAGCUUGGACCGCUGCCAGACAACUGGGAGAUGGCAUACACCGAGAAAGGAGAGGUGUACUUUAUAGACCACAACACCAAGACAACAUCGUGGCUGGACCCGAGGCUAGCCAAGAAGGCAAAGCCACCCGAGGAAUGCAAAGAGGAUGAGCUUCCUUACGGCUGGGAGAAAAUCGAUGACCCCAUUUAUGGCAGCUACUAUGUGGAUCAUAUAAACAGAAGGACCCAAUUUGAGAACCCCGUCCUGGAGGCUAAAAGGAGACUCCAGCAGCAGCAGCAGAUGCAAAGCCAGGGUCUGUCCUCACUGCCCCUUCCCACCAUCUACAGAGAGAAGCCACUGUUCACACGGGACCCCACGCAGCUGAAAGGCAGUUUCCUGUCCACAUCACUCCAAAAGAGCAACAUGGGAUUCGGCUUCACCAUAAUCGGAGGCGACGAGCCUGACGAGUUCCUCCAGGUCAAGAGCGUUAUCCCGGAUGGGCCCGCUGCAGCUGAUGGGAAAAUGGCCACAGGUGAUGUCAUCGUCUACAUCAAUGAUUUGUGCGUCCUAGGCACUACUCAUGCCGAUGUGGUAAAACUCUUCCAAUCAGUCCCAAUCGGCCAGAGUGUUACCCUCGUCUUGUGUCGUGGCUACCCUCUGCCCUACGACCCAGAGGAGGCCGGAAAUACCAACAACAACACCACCACCACCAUCAUCUCCCCGCUGGGCAUCAUGGAGCAGCGGCCCAUCAUGGUGAACGGCAGAACCGGCUACGACAACUACCUGGACUAUCUAUCCCGCACAGCACGCUAUGUCAAUGACCCCAACCAGGACCAGGUCAACGCCCAGCAGCAGCUGCUCACCCCUCAUCCGGGUGACACCCACUUGGACGGCUCGCUUCCUCCCACUACUGGAACUACACCUCCUGACAGCGUCUCCAUGGCGUCUUCAGGGGCGACCCAAGGGGAACUAUUUACCUUGACCAUGGUGAAAGGAGUGGAUGGUUUUGGAUUCACCAUCGCGGACAGUUCUACGGGCCAGCGAGUCAAACAGGUGCUGGAGCCUAAGGGCUGUCCCGGCCUGUGUGAGGGCGACCUCAUUGUGGAAAUUAACAAGCAACCGGUGCAGGGAUUCACGCACACGCAGGUGGUGGAGCUUCUUAAGGAGUGUGCGGUUGGAGCGGAGACCUGCCUGGUGGUUCAGAGAGGUGGAACAGGUCACUAUUCACCCUGGAAGACCCCUAAGCAGGUUCUGGAUCAGUGGGAGUGCCAGCAGGGCCAGAGCAGCCCCGCUCAGACCAACCUGUCAGCCCCUGUUAUCCCCCACAACGCCCCCUUCCCAACACACCACCUCCACAGGGCCUCGGUCCCAGACUCAGCCUCCGAGGCCUUGGCCCUGGCUAAACCAGACCCCUAUGACCUUUAUGAGAAGUCCAGGGCUGUCUAUGAGAGUAGGCAGCCAGGCCAACAAAGGACUGUUUUCCCUGUCGACUCCUCAGGUGCAGAGUACCAGGACAUUGAGGUGAAUCUGCGCAGACAGAAGUCCGGUUUUGGUUUCCGAGUGCUGGGCGGGGACGAGGCCGGCCAGCCUGUGAGUCCGGAGACGCGUGAGAAGAUCCUGAUUGGUGCAAUCAUCGAGAAGAGUCCUGCAGACCUGGACGGACGUUUACGACCCGGUGAUGAGCUGCUGUUUGUUGACGGGAUCCCGGUGGUGGGAAAACCACACAGAUAUGUCAUCGACUUGAUGCACGGAGCAGCGAGAAACGGACAAGUUAAUCUGGUCAUCAGAAGGAGGAUACAGGCAGCAGGUGAGUCCUGUCCAGAGAACGGCCGCAGCUCCGGCUCCGUCUCCACGCAGCACAGCUCCCCCCGCAGCGACUUCACCUACGGCAACAGCACCAUCACUACCCAGGGGCCCAACGCCACCGUCACCUCAGACCAGACAUCCAACGCACAGCCCAGUGAUGUCAUCAUCAACCGCAAGGAGAGCGAAGGCUUUGGCUUCGUCAUCAUCAGCUCGCUCAAUCGCCCUGAAGCCUCCGCCACCAACAGCGUGCCCCAUAAAAUCGGUCGCAUCAUUGAGGGCAGCCCGGCCGACCGCUGCGGGAAGCUGAAGGUGGGGGACCGGAUCCUGGCGGUGAACAGCCAGAGCAUCGUGAACAUGCCGCACGCCGACAUUGUGAAGCUGAUCAAAGACGCGGGCCUCAGCGUCACCCUGAGGAUCAUCCCACAGGAAGAAAUCAGCAACCCGCCAUCAGCCCACAGCUCAGAGAAGCAAAGCCCCCUGGCCCAGCAGCACAGCCCUAAGAACCAGCUGAGCAACACCGCAGCCUCCCAGCCAAACGCUGUAGCAACGGAAACAAACCCUGCUGUUAACCAGCCAAACCCUGUCCCACACCAGAGCCCUGGGACCCAGCUGCCUGCCCCCCCUCCGCAGACCUACACCCACGAGAGCAGUUACAGGUCAGAGGUGAAGGCGAGGCAGGAUGUAAAACCAGACAUCAGGCAGCCUCCUUUCACGGACUACAGACAGCCACCAGUGGAUUACCGGCACCCUCCUGUGGCGGACUACAGGCAGCCACCAACGCUGGACUACAGACACCCCCCGCUGCUGGACUACAGACAGCUAGCUACAGACGCCAGGCAGUUCACCAUCCCAGAGUACCGGAUGCCACCAGUUCAACUCACACAGGACUUUGACUUCUUCACGGUGGAGCUGGAAAAAAGCGUGAAAGGCUUCGGUUUCAGCAUCCGAGGAGGGCGGGAGUACAAGAUGGACCUGUUUGUCCUUCGACUGGCCGAGGAUGGACCGGCCAUCCGCAACGGCAGGAUGAGGGUUGGGGACCAAAUCAUUGAGAUCAAUGGAGAAAGCACCCGGGACAUGACCCAUGCCAGGGCCAUCGAGCUGAUCAAGUCUGGAGGCAGGCGGGUUCGUCUUCUGCUGAAGAGGGGGACGGGGCAGGUCCCAGAGUACGAUAAUGCCGCCCCAUGGGAUGCUCGCCCUUCAGCCUCCCCAAGCCUGUCGGAAGUAGCCCCUGCCAUCGACAGCCUUUCCAUGCCAUCGCCUUCAUCUCAUCUGACCCCGGCCCCCGACCAACCUCUGGACGCCCCUCGAGACCUGGGAGACGGCAGGAAGGAGCGUCCCAAGAGCCCCCAGAAGGCCGAGCUCCCGUGUCUGGAUACAAUCGGAGGGAGAGCCAAAAAGGAAGGUGGCAGGUCCACCCAUAAGGGGCAAAGGGGGCAGCCAGUGGAGGGGGAAGGGGGAAAAGAGGGCCAGAGCGGGGAGACCAAACCUUCCAGGAGCACCAGAGGAAGGUCUAAGGAGAGGAAUACCCACGAUGACAGAGAAUCUCCCAGCAUUCCAAAGCUCCUGCACACUAACGGGAACAGUCGGGAGGAUUUGGAGUUUGACAGGAGCCUGGGAGAGAGCCGGCCCAAUAAGAGCGCCAGCAGCGGGGGAAACGCAGCAGGGAGGAAGGCCACGGUCUCUCCGGGACCGUGGAAGAUCCCCGGAUCAGACAAGCUGCCGAGCACGCUACGCACGGGAACAUCCACGCUGAGCAGAUAACACCGCGGCUCCAGCUGGAAACAGUGGCCAAAUUCAUCUGAACUAAACCACCCUCAACUUUUCUGUGCUCCUUUAACCCCAUUUUGACCCCAUUAUGACCCCAUUAUCCCACUCAGUCAAAACCAAGGGGAGGCAGGGUGAUCUGGACCACGUGUUUUUAGAGUUUUAUUUAUGAUACUGUACUCUAAAUUAUUUCAAGAGAGAUUUUACACCCACCACCUUAAGAACUGGAAAAAAUCAUCCACUUUUUAAAAAAAAAAAAACGGAAGUAGUAUGCGUGUUUGUGUAGCGUGUUGGAGAAUCAUUCGGAGUUUUAAAAAACUAUUUUUAAGUUCUCCUUGAGCAAAACUGGGGGGCAAAACAUGCAAAUACGAACAACUGGCAGCAGCUGUCGGAUUUUUUUUUUACAAGUUUAUCUUCACGGUUGGAGUCUGUUUUCAGAAAUGGAAUGUUUAAAAGAUGUUUUUUUGACAAGAGCGAAUGGAAGAAAGAGUGAAAUCGGAGACGAAAUCUACAGAACUUUGCCUUAACAGCGACUGUGUGGGCCUGAAUCUGUCUUGAAUAAUCCUUCAGAUGAUUAUAGACAUAGAUAUAUUAUAAUGAAUAUGAAUAUGUGGGAUCAUUUUGUAAAUAAGAUCAUCUUUAAGUGAACUGAACCUUAAUAGAGACGAUGGAGUCCGUGCUGAGACGACCGACAUGGACGCUUUCUCCUUCUUCUCCUGUGAUUUCACUUCGGGGGUCUCAGCUGUGGUCGACUGCGACUAUUUGUGCUAAAGUCCACGGGAGUUUACGACAAUGUCGUGUCAAUCCAUUUCUCUCAUUUCUGUGCUUAAUGAACAAAGCAAUCGCCAGCUGUGGUGUCCAGAGAAGGAGCUUGCACGAGGGGCAGAGUGCCUUAGACUGACAGAGGUUGACUUUAAGAAUAACUCAAGAGGGUUUGAAACAGGCUGCUAUCAACACCAACUAUACAGAUAUACAUAUUAAACUGUAUUUUUUCAUAUAUGAGUGAGAUAUGGUGAAAUAUAUAAUUUAUUUCACAAGCAUAUGUACGGAAAUGAGACUAUUACCACAAGUAUUGACACUCCUUAUUUGUACAAGAGGUUCACUUUGGGUCAUGAUAUUUUCUGUAUGAUUUCAUAAUGGGGUCUGACGCUAGUGAUUUCCCCCUAUAUGAGAGCUGAUAUUGAGUUGUUGAAGAAUCAAUCCCACUUGUCACUUUGCUCCUCUAACAAUCUGCAGCCUGUCUGGAUGAUUAAAUCAAUGAUCUGAAAUUGAAACGGUUUUUUGACGGGCUGAGGUGAGGUCGCACCUGUCACAGCCACUACCUGCUGCUGAUUUGAUUUGUUUUAGGUGAUUCUGUCUACACUGUGUGAUAAUAACGAGUACAUCUCCAUGCCAAAGCUCCCUGUGCAUUUUCAUUUGUUUCAGUACACACAAUUUGCAAUAGAGUUCAACUCUUCUGGAAAAGGUAGAAAAAUAUGGGUGUUCACGUUUUUUCUGGCAUUUCUUUACUCCUAAAAUUUCCCCCGAAUGCACCAUUGAUUUAUGACUCAACCAAAUAAAAAACCUCCUCUUUUCAGAAAGUUUCACCACCUGGCUUGUCAGAUAUAAAUGGCAGAUAUCAACCACUUUAGCUAGCUAGGUAGUUAAGCUAACCUUAGCUCCAUGACUCAGCAGAAAAUUGUAUCUCUGGCUGAAUUUCCACGUCUCAAAUUGGUCUUAAAAUAAGCACCUGGUAGCUACACAUAUGUUCUACUGAAAGAAAGAAGUUAAGUGACCGGUUAAAGACAGCAUCCACAGCAAUUGUUGAUUAUUUAGAAAUGUAAAAACAAAAGUAACAUACGCAGCUUUGUUAGCUAUGCGAGCUCCGUUAUCUACAGAGCUAAGUAGCUAAAGCUAAGUUAGAAAGCAGCUGGGAAUCAACAUUAUCUUUGUAGCUAAGUUGGCUUAAGCUAUGUUUGCUAAAGCUAACAUUGCUAAAGCUAAUUUAGUUAUAGAUAAUGUAGCCACAUAGCUAACAUAACUAAGCUAAGCUCACAAAGCAGCUAUGUUGGUAUGCUGUCUACAUAGCUAAGUUUGCUAAAGCUCACAUUGCUAAAGCCAACUUAGCCAUUGAUAGCUAUGAAGCUAUGUAGCUAACAUAACUUCCUUUUUUUAAAUGGUAUAUUUAUAUUCCUCAAAAUAAUGGGUGCUGUAGGCAAACAUGAAACUUACUGAAAUUCAGUACCAGCAAGAGUAAUGCAACAAAAGCUGGAUGUAAAGGUAUUUAGCUACUUAAUCCACUACUGUGUAUUUCAGACUCAAGUUAACAUCAACAAAAAACAUAUUUGUUCAUUUCUGAUAUUUUCCAAAAAUGUUGGAAUUUUAACGGUCACUGACAGAGCUUAGCAGCUUUUGCUAGCUAGCUAAUUAAGUUAACCAAAACUCACGCAUUACACUUUGCCAAAAAAUUGAGACUUGAGCUACAUGCUCCUGGCUAAAAAAUCCUCACCAAUUGUUGAUUAUUUAAAAAAUACAGAAACACGUCACAAUUGUUUUGCAGGCUAGGUGUGAUAAACUUUCUAAUUGUUCCUGCUAAAAAAAAAGAAAAACUGGAGAGUGUUUUUUUUUUUAAUGAUAACACAACAUUUAGCUUAGCUUACACACUUGCUAACACUAACCAACACUGCAUUUUUGCUCCAAACAUUCAUUUGAAAAGUGUUCCAGGAGAAGAUUGAAGAAAAUUAUUAUUCUUUUCUUUAAAGCGUAGAUGGAGUUGGUAGGGAUGAAAACUAUUUAAAACACAGUUAAAGUAAUUUAACUAAGGUUACAUGCUAAAGGAAAUUGGUUGAUGAAGCCUCUCCUCAUUCAUUCUGGUUUGUUUCUUUCAUUCCAAAUUAUAACUGUGUUUUGCUUGCUGAAAUAUUUUAGCUGCUUUUGUAAGCUAGGCACUUAAGCUAACUUAGCUCCAUGGAUCAACAAAAAAUGACUUGAUUUAAGAAACACAUUACUAUAGGGGUCUUAAAUAACCACUUGAUAGCUACACACGUGAUGUUCUGCUAAAAGACUGAGGAUAAAGCAUAGUGCUCCUGGCUAUAACACUGCUUCCACAGCAAUACUUAAUUAUCUGGAAAUAUAAACAGGUCACUCUUGUUUCGCAGGGUAGGUUCAUGAAGAUCUUUCCAAACAGUUUAGAGCCUUAUUUCUCGCUAACAGCCAUGUUGCCAACACACUUGCUAACACACUAGCUAACACUGCUUUUCUGCUCCAAACAUUUCAUGAAAAAGGGAGUAGGAGGAGUUUGAAUAAAAAAGCAUAUUCUUGUUCUUGAAUGAAUAGAUGGAGUGAGCAGGGAUAAAAAGUUGCUAAAUUUCAGUGAAAGCCAAGAGAGGGCCACUAAGUUACAUGUAAAAUUAAAAAAGCUAACCAGUUGACUCCUCAUUAAUUCUAAGAAAAAUAAAGAAAUAGAAUAAAAACAUUUUCUUAUUUCAAAAUUUUCCUGCCAAUUCUGAAAGCUAAAAUAUGAUAUACCUCUAAAAUAUCUGAGCUGGUUUUGCUAGCUAGGUACUUAAGCUAACCUUAGAUCUAUGAGUCAGCAGAAAAUGGUGACUGCACCUUAAUUUUGUUUAUGACUUGCGUCAUGCAGGGACAAGCGUGGAAUAGCAGUGUUUUGAACUAGAAAAUGGAAAUAAAAUUGUAUGUAGGCUGUUCAAAGUUAUACUGGUGUAUAUCUACUCAACCAAACUGAUGAGUAACCACAUUAAGCACAUUAUUAAUCUGCAAAGAGGAGCAAAGUCUGACAGAGCUUGCUGCUAACUUUAGCCACACUCUACUCAGCCUACCAGGCUAACAUCACAUACCUACUGACACAAUGACUCUGCAAUGAAUUUGACUUUUUUCAGAGCAUUUUCUCCUCUUAAAACUAGUCAGUUAAAUGCAAUUUAAAUGUGCUGAACAGAGAAAUAGCAACCUGGGAACAUCCUUAAUGGAAUGAUAUACGUAAAGGUCACUGCUGUAGGCAGGGGGAAAUUAUUGAGUUAAUUAAACUGUCAGACUGUUAUUUUUCACUUUAACAUUUACCCGCUUAGCUAACACAAUAGCUUUGUUUUUUUUUUUUUGCUAUAAAUAUCUCAUUAGAAAAGUAGAGGAGAUUGAAGUAAAUGGCAAAUAUAGUGUUGUCUGGAAAGAACUGGUGGAGUUAGCAGUAUUGAAAACUUGCUGAAAAACUGUAAAAAGCAAGAUUUAUGCUGUUAAAGUUACAGCAAAUUUACAGCUUAGAGUGAAGAAUCCUGACACUCUUCAAAUUUUUUAUUGUUUUUUUUAGAAUAGUUCUCGGAAAUUUAGUAAAAUGGUUUGAUUUCCUUUCGAAAGAAUGGGAAAGAAAACUUGCAAAAAUUCACUGAAAGCAACAGUAAUGCAUCUCCUGUUGCAGCUAACAGUCAAGCAGUUAAUCAGUAAUUUAAUAAUUGAUUCAUUUAAUUGAUUUUGAUUUGUAUGUAUUGGAAAAACUCUACCAGUCUUACGGACUCUUUUUUCUAGACGAGAAAUCUUUAGCACAGUCUUUUUUCCUCUUCUUUACACACUUUGCUUACAAAACUGAGCUGUGAUUUUAUUCUCACUAAAAGAGCCUAGAGACACUUAAGCAGAACAGUUUGCCGAGAUGAGGGGAGUGCAAACAGUGCUUAAAGAAUAAAAAAGCAAAUGGGAAGACUAGUCAUUACAUUUGCCAUUGUAUUUUGUAAUUACACAUGGAACAAGCAGCCUGACUUUAAUGCACAAUCCCACACAGAGGCUUUGGGAUACGAGUUAUUUUGUUGGAGAAAUUCAUCAGCCAAGCAGCGAUGGCUGUGAGCAUAGAACAAUACCACAAAAUAAAAACCCCGACCAAAGGUAGCAAAUGCUACCUUCAUACUGUAUUAUCAUGCUUCUUUAUUUUAUAACUUUGUUUGAAUCAGAAAAAAAUAUGUGCAUAUUUUUUGCUCAGCAUUUGCACAACUCACUGCUUGCCACAUCUGAUGUCUCCGUUGAGCCAAACUGUAUGUACUUUUCUACGGAAAGCAACAAAGAACAAAAAAAUAUACACAUCUAAAGCUUCUUUUAUACUUUGCAAAGAGUGUGUGUGUUGACAUAACAGCACGUGCAGCACCAUAAACUUGCACCAAAAUGGCUCAGUAUCACUGUGUAGUGUCCUAGCAGUGUGUAGACCCUGAACAAAUAUCUCUAUAAAUAUGACUCAGUGUACUAUUGAUGGUCACAAAGACUCUAAGUGGAGCAACUAUUUUUAUGAAAUGCAACACUAUGGAUAUAUUAACUUUUGCAGAAAUCUUGUUUACCUGUAUGAUAUUAUGAAACGCUGUCAAAAUAAAAGAAA